AUGUACCUGGAGCUGUUUGGUUGGUGUAAAGCUGAAGUGAAAUCCCCAAUUCCUCGCUUCACUCAGUCCGGGGUCCCAGAUCCACACACCCAGAGAAACGUCCACGGAAAGAGCCGCCGGGGCGAUUCUUUGGCCCUGGUAGCUACUAGUGCGGACGAGGGGAGGGGCGGCGGGAGAGGAGGAAGGGAGGGAAGGAGGGAGAGAGGAAGGGAGGGAAGGAGGAACGAGGAGAGAGCGGGGGCAGGGGCACCGGCCGAUCUGAGCCCAGAGUCCGGGAAGCCGCCUCCGGGGUGGGACCAGAAGCGGACGAGAGGGUCCAGAGAAGGCGGAGAGCGGGACUCGGGAGGGAGGCGGGGAAGCCGGCCACCCGAGCUGCAGCAGCGGCAGCCCCGGGGCUCUGCCUGUCCCCGCCCAGGGGAGCCUCCAACUAACUCCGCCCGCCGUCGCAGCCGCCUCUGCCCCCGCCGCCGCUGCCUCCGCUGCCGCCGCCUCCGCCUCCGCCUCCGCCGCCACCGAGAGGGUCCAGUGUCCGUCCCGGGCUGGCGCCCUGCCGGGGCCCGGCAGUCCAGGAUCUCUGGAAAGUUAUUAUUGGUUACCCUCUUCUAGUAUUAAAUGACAAAGGUGAUCCAGCUUUUUCCAGUAAUUAAUCAAGUAUUAAUUACCUGUCAGUCCAGAAACUAGUGAAAAGAGUGCCAGGUGGGAAGGCAACAGAG